AUGUUGCUUGCGUCUGCUGUGGUCGUGUGGGAAUGGCUGAACGAACACGGUCGCUGGCGUCCUUACAGCCCGGCCGUGUCUCAUCACAUCGAGGCGGUGAUUCGAGGCGACCCUCGGGGCGGCAGUGUUGUGUUGGGCCAGGUUGACACCCGUCUUUCGCCUUACAUUAUAGACCUGCAAUCCAUGCACCAGUUUAGGCAGGACACAGGGACCCUCCGGCCGGUGCGGCGGAGCUUCUACGACCCCACCUCGGCCCCGGGGCAGGGCUGGCUGUGGGAGUGGGAGAACGACGCGGGCUCCUGGACGGCCUACGACACGGAGGUGGGCAUCGCCAUCCAGGCGGCGCGGGACCGGCAGCAGCCCUGGCUGGACCUGUCGCCGCUGGGCUUCUGCUACCUCAUCGACUUCCAGAGCAUGACGCAGAUCAACGGGCAGACGCAGCGGCGGCGCAGGAUCCAGCGCCGCUCGGACCUGGCCUACCCGCUGGUCUCCGGGGCGCUCCCGAAAGCGCACGGCUGGGGCGCGGGGGCCGGGGGCGGGGCCGGGACGGGGGCGCUGCUGGGGGUGGGCGUGUCGGGGAUCAGCGGGCCCGGGAACGGCAGCGCCUACCCCAGCGGGACGCUCCCGGCGUCCUCGCUCACCCCGCUGGGCCAGCCCUGCGCCUGCCAGCAGUGCAUGCUGGUCUUCAGCGUGAAGACCAACGCCAUGGCGCACACGCUGGGACGCAAGGCCGCGCCCAGCAAGCCGCCCAGCCCCAAGUCUGGGCCGGCGGCGGGCCGCUCCUCCGCCGGCAUGGGCGCGGGCGGCACGCACUCCUACACCCUGCCCCACCCGCUGUCCCUCUCCCGGUCGCUCUCGCCGUACAAAAACGCCACGGCCACCGGCGGCGCCCCCAGCUUCGCCCACUCCUUCUCGCUCCUGGGCCCCGCCACCGCCGCCCUCUCCCUGUCCUCCACCCGCCCGCCGCCCCCGCCCCUGCCCCCCCUCCCCCCGCCCCCUCCGCCUCCGCCCCAGCAGCAGCAGCAGCAGCAGCAGCCACAACCGCCCGCCUCCACCGCCGCCAGCUCCAGCUCCACCUCCUCCUCCUCCACCGCCUGCACCACCUCCGUGCCCACCGCCACCCUCAUCUCCACGGCGACCACCACGCCGUCGUCCUCGUCCGCCUCCUCGGCCGCCACGCGAGCGCUGACCUCGGCCGUGUCGUCGCUGAGCUCGGCGUGCGCCGCCCCCCUGCCCCCCCGGGCCAGCCUGGCCGGGCUCAGCCGCCCCGCCCUGCAUCGCAUCGCCGUGGCGCAGUCCCGCGCCCUCAUCGCCUCGGGGGUUCCCACUGUGCCGGUGAAGAACCUGAAUGGGUCCAGCCCCGUGCACCCUGCACUUGCUGGUAUCACAGGCAUUCUGAUGAGCGCUGCAGGACUCCCUGUGUGUCUGACCCGGCCCCCAAAACUGGUGCUGCACCCACCCCCCGUCAGCAAGAGCGACAUCAAGCCCAUUCCUGGACUGGGCCACUGCUGCCGCAAGACCACCAAGAAACAGGCCCGCAAGGGUAAAACUCCCGAGGAGGUGGUGAAGAGGUACCUCCAGAAAGUCCGUAACCCCCCUGAGGAGGACUGUACGAUAUGCAUGGAGCCCCUGGGCAGCCCGUCCGGGUACAAGGGCCCGGGCGUAGGCAGCGUGUCGCGGGGCGAGUCGGUGGGCCGCCUGGUCACCUGUGGGCACCAGUACCACCUGCAGUGCCUGGUCGCCAUGUACAACAACGGCAACAAGGACGGCAGCCUGCAGUGCCCCACCUGCAAGACCAUCUACGGCGUCAAGACCGGCAACCAGCCCCCUGGCAAGAUGGAGUACCACGUCAUCCCCCACUCCCUCCCCGGCCACCCCGACUGCAGAACCAUCCGGAUCAUUUACAACAUCCCGCCUGGCAUCCAGGGUCCUGAGCACCCCAACCCAGGAAAGCCGUUCACAGCCAGAGGGUUCCCGCGUCACUGCUACCUCCCCGACAGCGAGAAGGGCCGCAAGGUCCUGCGGCUGCUCCUGGUGGCCUGGGACCGCCGGUUGAUCUUCUCCGUGGGGACGUCCAGCACCACCGGCGAGUCCGACACGGUCAUCUGGAACGAGGUCCACCACAAGACCGAGUUCGGCUCCAACCUGACGGGCCACGGCUACCCAGACCCGGGUCACCUGGACAACGUCCUGGAGGAGCUCCGCGCCCAGGGGAUCACCGAGGAGGAGAGCCUGCAGCGGGAGUGAGCCAGCAGGGGGCGCCAGACACCAGCCCGGGCCUGCGGGGGGCUAGUGUGUUAGGGGAGGUACACGCGUUGGUUCAGGUUCUCCGACCCCUUCUCUAACAGGAUUGAGUGACAGCACACUGAUAACGGACCGUUGGGGGUGGAGGGAGACCCCCCCCCCCCCCAAGUGGUUGCUGUUAUGGCGGAUGAAUCCUGAAUCAACUAAACGAUUCUUAAUACAAAUUUACAUUUUGCACUGAGAAAGAGGGUUUUACAGUCUGUAUGUAGCUAGGAGAAACUACCACUGCAGUGAGAGAGAUGGUACUAGAGGUACUAGAUGGUACUACUAUAGGUACUUAGGUACUGUUGAAGAAUGAAGAAUGAAAAAAAUUGUUCAGUGUUCAAACAAUGAAAUGGUACUAAUCUAAACAUGCUACUUUAUAAUGUGCUAAUGCUGCAAACACUUCAUUAGUCCCAGAGGCAUUUCUGUUUGCGGGAGAGAGGGGACACAGAUGAGAGAUUUAAGAUGGAGGAAAAAAGAGAGAGAGAGAGAGAGAGAGAGCGAGUUUGGGAAAUGGGUAAAGAGAGAUAAAGGUAAGAUGGUGAAAGAAAGGAAUUAUGAGUUGGAUGGAGGAGAUUUUAGCUUUAUGGUGCGUUAUCGCUGAGCCAGACGGACUGUGUCGCCCCUGACCAACAACACCUCUUUUUGUUCUUAAAACUGUUGAAGUUGCACGACUCCUGGAAGCAGUGUAUGUGAGCAUGUGUUUUUACUGCCCACUAGUGGUUCCAUUCAGCAAGUUAAUUCAGUUCCUUUAAAUAUAUGAAGUUUAUGGUGAUUUUCUUUAUCAAAUGUAUGGCAAGUUAGCAUUAAUAAUUCACUUGUAUUAUUAUUUUAAAUAUCAAAUAUCAUUCCAUGUGCAUGAUUUUAAUUUUGUACACUUUCCUUGUACCCUUGUAUGUGCUAUGUCAAGGGUGUGUCCUCUGUUUUGCUUGAGGAUCCAUAUCUGGGGUCUGUUCCAAUGGUCACUGCCGUAGUAUGGGUCAUUUUUGAGUUCAAGUUCGUCUCUUUAAGGGUUUUUGAUUGUUAUUCAUGAAACUCUAAAGGCCUUGAAUUGUAAUGUUUUUAGAGAAAUGGAGCUAAGAAUCUGAAGGAAACCUGCACCUGAGCGAGUGUUACUAGCUGCUGAUGUUUCUGUGAAGUCUGUGAGGUCACAUAAAAACAAAACGCACAAUGAAAUGAGCAUUCCUGGUCUGUUUCCGGGUUAAAAAACAAGUGUGAAGACAAGAAGUUGCGAUUGGACAGGCGACCAGAGGUCUAGAGAGAGUUUCACAGAGUCGGUGCCAGUGUAUUGAGCCAUCACUAGCACUUGGUGUCAGGUGGCUGAAUGGUUGCAAACUACAGUACACAUGUUCCAGUUUCUGCACCAUGGAAAAUUGUGGACAUUUUUUCUGCCAGAAUGAGUUCAGUUACCUGCAGUAUUAAGGAUCACGUGUGCUUGUGAUUCUGUAGCAGACCUCCCUGACAUUUGCGAGGGCCUUGCAUCUUUAAGCUAAUUUUGUGAGUUGUGGGCAAUGAGGUACCUCAUCUGCAAGCUAGCGUGUGCUACGUGCACCAUGUGUCAAAUAUGUGCACUCUCAGCCAAUUAGUUUAUUCGGGAGUACAGCACCAAAAAAAAAGAGUGCAUUUACAUAUGCUGUUUGUUUUGAGCAUGCCCAGGUGAAUGAAUUAGGGUAAUGAAUGUUAGAUUUCAUAGCAUGCUCUCUAAAAUGCGCUAAAUGGCUACAACAGACGAACGGAUGUCCUUAAUGAGUGCGCCAGAUGGUAAGCCGAGCUCUCCCUGACGCUUUGGUGUUCGCUGCUCGAGGUCAAUGCUAAGAUCCUCUGACAUCAUCAGCACUCUGAUUUGAACUCUGACCCCUGGUGGCCUGUCCAGUCUGUUCCAGUUGGGUCGAUGAAUGACCUGUUUAUGAGGCUGUACAGUUACCAGUAUGUGUGUGUUUGUGCAUACAUAUGUAGGCCUACAUUCAUAGUCGGUGUAUGUAUGCGUGUACGUACUCUACAUUGAAAACCAUGUUUUUGAAGUACAUUUAAGUAACCGAGCUGUACCCUCGGCCAUGUUCUUUUUAUAUGUAACCCGUGAUAUAUGUUUAAUUUUUUUCACGCAUUUUUAAGAUUGUAGUUUAUUUCUUUUUAUGAUUCUGUUUUGAACUUGUAUGUGUUUCUUUAUCAUUUUGUUCACGUGCAUCGUUUCUGUUGGAUAUUUUCACCUCAUUUUUGGAGUGUUUAUUAAAACAGAGGCCAUGGUAACAGAAUGUUUUUUUUUUCCUUCCUUCCCCCUUCAUUUCUUCUCUGUUAUGUACAGAAUUAUUGUAUGUAAGUAUUUACAUAUGUAUGUUUUCCUUUUUUGUGAAAAUUAAAAAGUAGACUUUUCAACUGUUAAAGCCCCUUGGUACAUCCUUACUCUCCUCAGCUCCUGGGGGAACGAGUCUACGCGUUUGUGUUUGAUGGCUCCGUUCCCUCAUCACUUUGUAAAAAGAAGUUAUUUUUAUGGAGAGUGUGAAGCUUAAAUGCCAGUGCAGUAUUAGGACACCGGUACGAUGUAUAAACACAAAGGUUUGUAAAUACAACAAUUGCUGGAAUACUGAAUGGAAUUAUCAACCAAUAAAUUUAAUUAAGUGGUA